AUGUGUGUUCCAAGUGAAGUGGUCCUCGCUUGUGUGGCCCUUGCCUAUGGCCGCCCCGAACCUCCUGUAGGCUACAGCUAUUCCGCUCCGUCAAACAAAUACAUUCCAUCUGAAGGUUAUUCAUCUUCCUCUCUAGGAGGAUUCAGUGGCCUAUCUGGAAUUUCUGGUGGUCAUUCUUCUAGUUCUUCCAGUGGAUUAUCCUUAAGUGGUGGCUCCUCAUCUGGUGGUAUUUCAUUUUCUGGAAGCAGCCUUGGCGGUGGAUUCAAUGGAGGAUUUAGUGCAGGACUUGGAGGAGGAUUUAGUGGUGGAGACGCUAGUUUCGGUGCCAGUGGUGCUCCUCUUGUACAAAAACAUAUCUAUGUCCAUGUGCCUCCCCCAGAACCACAAGAACAGAGAGCUCCUCAAGCUGUCCCUGUUGCCCCUCCUCAAAAACACUACAAGAUCAUCUUCAUCAAGGCCCCAACCCCACCUACACCUGUAGCGCCCAUCAUUCCCCCUCUACCUCAAAACGAAGAGAAGACCCUUGUAUACGUCCUGGUUAAGAAACCCGAAGAACCAGCUGAUAUCGUUAUCCCUACACCCGCACCAACCCAGCCGGCCAAACCCGAAGUUUACUUCAUCAAGUACCAGACUCAAAAGUCUGGUGGUAUCGGAGGCGGUGCUAUUGGCGGCGGUGCUAACGGCGGUGGUAUUGGCGGUGGAUCCAUCAGCGGUGGUGACCUCAGCGGUAUCGGCUUAGGGUCCGGAAUCGAAGGCUCCGCUCUCGGAGGUGCAGGUGGUCAUGGUGGAGCUGAAAUCUCUGCUGACUUUGGUGCAAGCGGUGGUGAUGAAAGUGCAUCGAUCGGUGGACACGGUGCCACUAGCUCGCAGUACGGCCCGCCUGGUCAUGUUGCAGGACCUCUUCAU